UGAAUACGUCGCUACGCAGCUGUCACGGCGGAGAGAGAGGGCGCCUCCACGACGCCUUCCUUCGGCCUUUCUGUGUUUUCGGUCCUUUAAAAUUAACGCCGGAGACCCAAAAUGGAUUUUGGAGAUCUGUUUGACGAGCGAACGUUCACGUUUUCCGACUUCCAGGAGUUUACGUUUCUGCCUGGACACGAGCAGUGGUCAGAGAGAGUGAGGAAACGACUGUAUUACGGUCUGGACUCUGACAGCCCUUUGGAUGCUUUAUCAUGUCCCAUGACAGAUAUUGCUGUGGAACUGCUCCAGAAAUCUGCCCCGAGUCCCAUAAGGAAGCUCCAUAAGAAAUACGCUGCACACGUAGCCAGGGAAGCAUGUAUAUCUCCCUGCGCUAUGAUGUUGGCCUUGAUAUACAUUGAAAGACUUCGACACAGAAAUCCCGAAUACCUGCAACAGAUCUCAUCCUCAGACCUCUUUUUGAUAUCCAUGAUGGUGGCCAGUAAGUAUUUGUACGAUGAAGGAGAAGAGGAAGAGGUUUUCAACGAUGAAUGGGGCACUGCGGCCAAGCUGGAUGUUCAGACUGUCAACACUCUGGAGAUGAACUUCCUCAAUGCGAUCGACUGGAACCUCUUCACGGAGCCCGGUGACUUCUUUAAAGUCCUCAAUCAGGUGGAAAGCAGCAUUGCGGAACGACAAGGAAUGAAGCGAGGCUGGUUCACCUACACGGAUCUCUGUGUUUUGUUGGAGCAAACCAAUUGGAGGGAAGCUCUAUCAGCUAUCUACCAGCACUUUACCAAGGUUACCUGUAUACUGGGUCUCCUGUACUUGACUAGCGUAGCCGGUCUCAUCGCUUCCUCCACCGUCAUCCACCAGCUCGGCCGUCUUCCCAAUACCAGCCGCACUCACUCGGACCCGAUGAAGCACGCCUCCAUCGAGUCACCAGCACUUCUUCUCCCGCCGCGGCCGACCUCAAGCCUCCACUGCUGCGUCCUGACCAACGACAGCUCGAGGCCAGAUCAGCGGGGUUCUACCUCUUCAUCCUACCAGGAUAUGGUGCUUUGCCUCUGGGGCUCCGUCGUCUCCGCUCUCUCCUACUCGCAGGCCUCGUCCGACAUCCAGCCACAAGACUGUUUGGCGUCCGAAGUGAUCUGUCGCGGUCACAUGGACGGUGUCCCUCAGUGCGCAAUAGCUCGCAAUGACUCGGCGCCUCUUUCCUCUCCGUGGCGCGCUCGUCUCGCGGCACUUUGGCUUGAGUUCGCUCCGUUUGGUGAAAGCCUGAUAUACUCAGACCCCCAUUUUAGCUCCAUGCCGCCGUUGCGAAGAUGUUGCCCGGAGACGACGUUGCCGCUAGGAAAAUCACCGUCUCUUCUCAUGCCCGGCUAGACGAGUCAGUAAAAUGUAAAUGCAUUCAACUAAAACGCAACCAGCAAAGUUUACGUACGCAGUCCGUUCUCUCGGUUUUCUUUAGUGUUGUUUACGAACCAGCCAAAUGUCUGGGUUAUAACCGGGUUGUGGUGGGAUAUCAGCAUGUUGGGGAGAAGUUUGUAAGGAGGCUUAUUACAGAAUGCUGAUUAACAGUUUGACUUUUUUUUUUUUUUUUUUUUUUUUGAUGUGUGAUGCAGUGCGCUAACGCAGUACGAACGAUCCAGGCUUUCUUUUUUUCUUUCGCUUUCCGGAUGGGUUACUUUGGCUGAUUUUUAGAUGUUACGUGAAACCUCUAAAGCAUCCAAGCAAAAACAAUGGCAGGCGGUUAACAAAAGGCUCUGCUGUUACUCACGGAAGCGCGUGUUCUCGUUUUGAAUAGUUCGCAUGGUUUUGCGCAACACGCCAAUGUCCCGAGGAGGACUGUUUUGUUUUGAAGUUCCUUCCUGUGAAAGCCUUUUAUUUUCAGGUUGGGAAGCAGUUUGAGUUUAAGCCUGGUUUGGUUCUCGUUGCUUCAGGAAGGAAGGGUAGGAUAAAAACAGAAAGGGAUCGUUUUUACAGUGUCGGUUAGAUUGUAAUGGUCAGAUAGUUUAUGCCAUACCUUGUCCACAAAGCGUUCAUCGCGGAUUGCUUUAGUUUGUAAAAAAUAACCCUCAAUAUUUUCAUAUCCUCAAGUAGUAAAUUAUUGCAGAUUUGUUUUCAUUGCUUGACUUUGAGAUUAGUUUUGGCUUUGUUGUAUGUUCUUUAAACAUAAUGUAAUUCAGCAAAUGUUAUUAAGACAUUUGGCAAAAAAAGCACCCUUUAAUACCUGAUUUAGUGAGCUCUUACAUAUCCACCAUUAUUUGUUAAUGGCUUCCAAAGUCUUUUUUUUUUUCUCCAAAUUUUGUACAUUUUGUAUAGAAAUAAUAAAAACAUACAGCUGCAGCAAUGAAAAGAAUAAAAACAUAUUAAUCUCA